AAGGUCGUUCGGCCGAGCGACACGUUCUUUUCCCUUGGGAGCUGAGGACACGGCGCAUGUUGGAUGUAGCAGAAUAGCCCCAUCUGCUCAAGGGAUGGUGUAGCCCGUCUUGCGGAGAAUGUAUCCUCGAGAAGUUAUGGUCGCUCUGCUCGGAGAUUCUUUCAUCUGGUAGAGAAUGGCUUUUCGGGCUCGCACGCUGCUCCCGCUCGGGAGCGGCCAAUGCUCUGCGGAAAUUUGGGCUCUAGCCCUGAUGCACUAAUCUUGAAAUUGGGACGAACGAGAAUUCCUGCUGGUGCUGGAUUGGGUUAUAGGUUAUCGGCGUUCGAAACGUUUGCAUGAAUUGACCAGGUCGCGUUGCGUCGAGCGGACUUUGGCUCCGGCUUUCUUAGAUUGUAGGUUGACGUAGUUUGGCUCCGAGGAUUAAGGGCUAGGAGAGUUUAGUAUGUUGAUCUUGAGCAUGGAGGUUGCUCAAGAUUGAAGUAUACAAUUGCGAUCAAUUUUGUUAUGCGUUGCAAUCUGGAGUCCGACCUCCAAAGCGUGUUUAGCUCGAGUUGAUUGCUUCGACAGUUGUGUACUUUCUGUAGUUCUAGGAAAUUGGACGCAAACCAGGCGUCCUGCUACCGAAAUGGAGAACCGAGAGCAACGGCCAAUGAUGUCGUCAGAGGUGAGGGGAGUGGUGAUCAUAUCGGUUCCCGAGGGCGAUGGAAAGGGCGAUGGAAAGACUGUAUGCGCUGCAUUUACAUUCCAGGAUAAGCAACAACAUCAUCACGUUACAAGCAGUCUCCAAAUUGAACCCUCUCCAACGCAGACUGUACAACAUCCCACUCCUCCCCCAGGGGGCCGACCAGUACUAGAGAAAAUUGGUCUGAAAAGGGGCAUACUUUUCAUGUUCGUGCUAGCAAUUGUUGCUUUGUUAUGGUUUCGGGGUCCUUCUUUUUACUACAUAGAAGAACAGUGGGACGACGGUGAGGAUUGGGUGCAUGUUCACAGGCUAUACGCCAAACACAUAGUUUCAAUGGCACCAGGUAAUAGUAGUCCUGAUGAUUAUGUGGCAACGGAUGGACUUUACGAACGUGACUUUCGGAGAAGAACUCUAUGGGAACAUGUAAAGCAGGCAGCAGCACCGGAGAACAUCAACGGUUCUAGUGUGUUUCCAAUCCGCGGAAAUAUAUAUCCAGACGGAUUAUAUUAUAUGCAACUUCUCGUGGGUAAUCCAGCGAGACCCUACUUCUUGGAUAUUGAUACUGGCAGUGAUCUUACUUGGCUGCAGUGUAAUGCACCUUGUUCCAACUGUCCUGAGACUCCUCAUCCAUUGUACAACCCAAAGGGAGCAAACUUGGUUGAUUGUAAACAACCUGUUUGUUCUCAAUUGCAAAGAGGAGGUUCAUUCGGAUGCUCUGGUGGAGGCGGUCAAUGCGAUUAUGAAAUCCAGUACGGAGAUAGUAGUUCAACCACUGGAGUAUUAUUGGAAGAUUUGGUUUCUCUCCAACUCACGAAUGGUACCUUGGCUCAAUCGAAAGCUGUGUUCGGGUGUUCAUAUGAUCAACAAGGAUCUUUCGCCCAGUCGCCUUCUAAAACGGAUGGACUGCUUAGCUUAAGCAGCGCCAGUGUAGCAUUUCCAGCCCAACUUGCUGCUAAUGGGAUUGUGAAGAACGUUGUAGCCCAUUGUCUAGCGGGUGGAAAUCAUGGAGGAGGUUAUAUGUUCUUUGGCGACGAGCUUGUUCCUUCUUGGGGCAUGACGUGGACGCCGGUGGUCAGGAAGCCUUACAAGGAAAACUACUACGUUAAUGUUCAAAAGAUUCAGUAUGGCUUUUCUACAUUGGACAUCGGCAAAGACGUUCUAGAAGGAAACGAUUUUAUUUUUGACAGCGGGACUUCAUAUACAUAUUUUGUUCCAGAAAUUUACUCCGCAUUUGUUUCAGCGGUACAAGAAGGAUUAGAAGGUAGUGGGCUGGAGCGAGAUACGUCUGACCAAACUUUGCCACUUUGUUGGCGUGGCAAAACUCCCUUCAGGAGUGUUUCCGAAGCGAGUCGUUCUUUUCAGCCAGUCACGCUUAACUUCGGAACAUCAUGGUUUCUUGCGAGUCGCUUCAUGAUAUUCAUUCCGCAAGCUUAUCUUGUCAUAACUCCACAGGGCAACGUCUGCAUGGGUAUCAUGGACUGGAGCGAGACAGGUAGCGAUGCCAGUGAAGCAGUGAACAUAAUUGGUGAUAUUUCCCUACGAGGACACUUGGUAGUCUAUGACAACGUGGAGCAUCAAAUCGGUUGGAUGCCGUCAGAUUGCCGGAAGCCCCCCAAAGCGCCGCGUUCCUUCACAUUCGUGUAGGUGUAAAGUACACUUGUGAGGGAGAACCUGCUCCAUAAUAUACCUUGUUGGACUUGUUUAUAAACUAUCGCAUACAGCAGAUCAAAUGGAUUGGUGAGAAUCUUCAUCUGGGCUCGACGUUCUUAUUGGACUUAGCGUGUCCAGACUUACUUUCUUUUUCACAAUGUUCAGCUGCUGUUAUAUUUACCUCCUGAAUGUACAUCAGAACCCUGAGAAUAGGACGUCUUGACUUUUUAAGUAGAGUUUAGUUUUUGUAAUCUAUGACAUAUAAGAUUUAUAUUUAGUACACAAAAUGUUUAACAUAUCUUAGAAAUGAUAAUUAGCGGUUGAGAUGGAAUGGAAAGGUUGGAGAGGAUUUGUUCAGAUGUGCCUGUUAUACACAUCUUCGGCAUUGUAAUUUAACUCGUGUAAGUCCCCAUCAUUCUUGUGAAUGAACAAUUCGACGUGAUGUCCGUUGCUUGCAACCUUCAUUCUCACUUUCAUACAUAAAAAGUUAAUGUUUUCAUC